AUGGAGGUUAGUUUGUGCGCAAUUUCUUCUUCUUCUUAUUCGCCGGCGUCGACGUCGUCUUUCCCCUCCCCGUCGCCCUGCGUCCGGUUGCUCCGAAAAGAGUUCCUCGGAAAUUUCCACAAUCUCCGGCCCCCGGGACUCCUCCGCUCCCGAAGGCAAUGCAAGAAGCUCGGAUUACGGUUCCAUUUCCGUUCCAAAGGUUUCAUUUUAAGAGCCUCGUUGGAUUCAUCGCACUCUAGUGAGUUUGUCGUUGCUGUAGCCGCUGUCUCUGCUGCUCUUGCCGUUGUCUUUCGCAAUAAUUCCAAAACGAAAGAACGUUCACCGGAGAUGCAGGCGUCAGGGCAGCUAAAUUAUCCCCUACUUCAUUAUGUCAGAAGCAUGCUCAAUUCCUUGUUUGCAGAAAAGGCUGUCCUCGCCAUAGAUUCAGUGGGAAAGGUAGCUAGUGAAUCAAGAUUGAACGUUGUGGAGGAGAUGAACAGUGUUGAUGUUUCUAACGCGGAGGAUGUUGUCGAGACACCUCUUAAUGAGACCCAGCUGAUAAAUGGAGCAACAUUGGCUUCUGAGGUGCCUAGUUCUUUCAUGAUCGCUUCGAAUUCCACAGGUUCUGUUUUAGCAACAGAAUCUGAUGGCAUUACAUCAUCCCCUACCACGUUGCUUUCAUCUCAAUUGCAGUUGGAGGUAAAUGGUCAUGAUACAGUUUUUGAGACUGAAAGACCUACGCUGAUGGUCGAAACAAAGCCGUGUGAAGUUUCUCUUCCUGCAGUUAAUGUCCAGAGGGAAGUUACUGAAUUUAGCACGGGUGAUCCUGACAAUUUCCUCCAAACUGAUCAAAAUUAUUUGAAUCAAUCUAUUGGAGAUGAUCAAAUUAGCUGUACUCUAAAUCAUAAUGCUAGUCAACGUGAAGAGUUGUACACAUUCUACGAGGCACCUAUGGCAAAAUUGAACGGCUUAGGAGCACUGUCCAAUGGCAUUUCCCUCAAUGAAGAUGUUAACUCUUUGCUUUUCAAAGAUUCCCCGAAAGAUUAUAGAGGGAAAUUUCCUAGAUUACCAUUUUCUGAUCAUGCAGAUGAACUCCCUUCCCAAGGAGAAAGUCCUGUUGCAUACCACAAAGACACAUCUCCCUGGAAGGAAAACAUUGGAAGGAGGGAAGGCUCUGCUGUUAAUAACGACCGAAAAAACUUUACCCAUAAUGGACCAAAAAGCUUGUUUCCAUCCCAUAGUAUGGAAGGGACGUGCAUGGAUGAAAACCAUGCUCCAAAACGGUUAAGUGCAUACAAUCAAUUCUUGAGAGAUGGCAGGCUGAAUGACUGUGUCGAGAUGCUUGAAGAGAUGGAAAGUAUGGGUUUGUUGGAUAUGGACAAUAUUUAUCACGCAAGAUUUUUUCAAGCUUGCAAAAGGCAAAAGGCUAUCAAAGAAGCCUUUCGGUUCACAAAGCUUAUCCCAAAUCCCACUCUGAGCACAUUCAAUAUGCUUAUGUCUGUCUGCGCAAUCGCUCAGGAUUUGGAAGGCGCUUUUGAAGUAUUGAAACUUGUUGAUGAAGCUGGAUAUAAGAUAGACUGCAAGUUGUACACGACAUUGAUUUCGACUUGCGCUAGAAGUGGAAAAGUAGAUACUAUGUUCAAGGUUUUUCAUGAGAUGGUCAAUGCUGGAGUGGAACCAAAUGUUCAUACAUACAGUGCACUCAUUGAUGGCUGUGCUAAAGCUGGCCAAGUUGCCAAGGCUUUUGGUGCUUAUGGGAUUAUGCAAUCAAAGAAUGUGAAGCCAGAUCGGGUUGUAUUCAAUGCACUUAUCACUGCAUGUGGUGAAUCGGGAGCAGUGGACCGUGCAUUUGAUGUCUUGGCUGAAAUGAGGUCAGAAGUACAACCUGUAGAUCCUGAUCAUAUUACUAUUGGGGCCUUAAUGAAAGCAUGCAUUAGGGGUGGUCAGUUUGACCGAGCACGCGAGGUCUACAAAAUGAUAGACAAAUAUAACAUCAAGGGAACUCCAGAAGUUUACACUAUUGCUUUAAACAGUUGCAGCCAUAAUGGUGAUUGGGAAUUUGCCUGUAAUGUCUACGAUGACAUGAUAAGAAGAGGUGUUGCCCCUGAUGAGACAUUUAUCAGUGCAUUGAUAGAUGUAGCUGGGCACGCUGGGAAGCUGGAUGCUGCUUUUGAAAUUCAGGAGGUAGCAAGAGCUAAAGGGAUAAAUUCUGGAAUCAUAUCAUAUAGCUCACUGAUGGGAGCAUGCAGCAAUGCAAAAGACUGGCACAAAGCACUGCAGCUGUAUGAAAAUAUUAAGAAUAACAACCUGAAACCAACAGUUUCGAUGAUGAAUGCAUUGAUAACUGCCUUGUGUGAUGCAGGACAAUUGCGGAAGGCUGUGGAUAUUUUAUUUGAAAUGAAGAAGCAGGAUUUAUCCCCAAACACCAUCACAUACUCCGUCUUACUAGUUGCAAGUGAAAAAGAAGAUGACUUGGAAGUUGGCUUACGGCUCCUUUCUGAAGCUAAAAAGGAUGGUGUUGCUCCUAACCUUGUCAUGUUGAGGUGUGUUAUUGGUAUGUGUUUGAGGAGAUUUCAGAGAGCUUGUACAGUGGGCGAGCCAGUCUUUUCUCUUAACCCUGGACGGCCAGAGAUUGACAGUAAAUGGACAUCAUUGGCCUUGAUGGUUUACAGAGAAGGAGUUGCAGCUGGUGUGGCUCCCACAGUUGAGGAACUUUCUCAAGUGUUGGGAUGCUUGAAACUUCCUUAUGAUCUAUCCUUGAGGAACAGACUCAUUGAGAAUAUAGGAGUUAGUGUUGACAAGUCAAAAGCAUCAAAAUUGUACUCUUUGGUUGAUGGGUUCGGGGAGUACGAUCCACGUGCUUUUUCACUGCUUGAGGAAGCUGCUUCACUUGGGAUCAUUCCUGCUGUUUCUCUAAAAAGAAGCCCUAUAUUUGUUGAUGUGAGGGAUCUGCCUAUAUAUGCAGCUGAGGUAUACAUCUUGACUGUACUGAAAGGACUCAAGCAUCGUCUUGCAGCAGGAGUGAAGUUGCCAAACUUGUCUAUUAUGCUUCCUCUAGAAGAGACACGAAUUCAAACUCCAUCAGGGGAAAAAAUUAUUAAAGUUGCUGGAAGGGCUAGUCAGGCAGUUGCAGCUAUGUUAAGGAGACUUGGACUGCAGUAUAUAGGGCAUGAAUCACGCGGUAAAAUUCGUGUUAAUGGUGUGGUUGUGAAAAAGUGGUUCCAGCCAAAGCUCGAUUCACAUUUCAGUGGACAACGUAUGAAUCUAAGUUUAUCUCAAAGACGUCUGGGUAAAGGAAUAAGCUAUCAGCAGAGAAACAUUAGAACUGGCAAUCUUUCAUUGGAUUAG